AUGUUCUACAUUGCUAUGCAGACUCCUGAUCACUGGUGCCAUGUACCUGGUCGAGAACACACCAACCUGUCACUCGAGGAGUGGAAGAACUUCACUGUUCCCAGGGAAGGAGCCGCAUUCAGCAAGUGCUUGAUGUAUAACCAGAGUGAUGUGAGGGACUUCAGCAACAGGAGGGAACCUGUGAAGUGCCAGCAUAGCUGGGAGUAUGACAACACCUGGUUCUCACUGACAGCGACAUCACAGAUGAAUUGGGUCUGUGACAACCAGCAGACUGUUAAUACCAUCUUGUUCUACUCACAGAAUAUUGGAGUGGCAUUAGGCUUACUCUUUGGCUAUGUGGUUCAGAUGACUCUUGCUGCCGACAGGUACGGCCGACGCCCCCAGCAGCUGCUGUGCCUGUCAGCCCACGUGGUCAGCAGGCUGCUGGUCAUGCUCGCUCCGCACGUGCUGCCGCUCUUCAUCCUAGCAGAGUCACUCGUCUCUGGUGCGGCCGGGCCAAUGGAGGAGUCUUUAUUGGCUGUCGGCCUGGAACUUACAGACAUCAAGCACCGCUCUGUUAUCAACCGCUACGCAUCCUGUAGCAUGGCCCUUGGAAUGAUGCUUGCUGGUCUGGUGUCUUGGGCACUGCCCAACUGGAACUAUUUCAUGUCAUUUGCAGCCCUCAGUUGUUUUGCCCUGUUCUUCUUCUUCAGGUGA